CUAGCGGCGAUGGCCUUCGGGGCGGCCGGAAAGCUACUGUGGAGUUUGAUGAACUUUACCUGUCUUCAUCUUUCGUUUUCAGCCUAGCGCUCUGAGCUGAAGAAUUUUUCACAUUUUACUUUGCUCCACUCCCGGGGCGUCGCACCAAAUUGGCUCGUUGCUGCAGCCGGAGCCGUGAAGAGCACGGCUAGGAUGGAGAGUCCGAGCCUGGGAGACUGCGGAGACGCCCUCGCGGGCACCGCCAGUGAGCGCCUAGUCCCAGACCGGCCUUGUCACCUCCGCAAGGAAGAUGGUGCUCUGGGAUUGGAAAGAUUGGGGGACGAUGAUAAACAAGCAGUAAUAAAAAGCAAUGAGUGUAAUCCCCUGCCUCAAGAAUCCAUCAAUUCUGCUCAAUGUGAUGAUCCUGCAGUGACAGUAUGCCAUAAGUCUGUCCCAUGUGGAUGGGAAAGAGUUGUGAAGCAAAGGUUAUCUGGGAAAACAGCAGGAAGAUAUGAUGUAUAUUUUAUCAGCCCACAGGGACUGAAGUUCAGAUCCAAAAGUUCAGUUGCUAAAUAUCUUCACAAAAAUGGAGAGACUUCACUUAAGCCAGAAGAUUUUGAUUUUACUGUACUUUCUAAAAGGGGCAUGAAGUCAAGAGAUAAAGACGGCAGCAUGGCAGCUUUGACUCAGUCCCAACUGCAAAGCAAAAGUAACAAUUUAAACCGGAACCUCAGGACACGAAGCAGGUGGAAAAAAAAUGUGUUUCCUCUGCCAGGUGGUGGUUUGGAAUUGCAAGAUAGCAGAGGACUAUCCAACUUUACUUCCAUUCCUUCUUCCAUGCUUUUGAAAGAAGAUGAGGGUGUUCAUGCUGUUGAACCUGGAAAGGUGAGAAGGUCCAAAGGAAAGGUGACUACUUUGAACGAAAUUCAAAUUAAGGAAACUAAAACAAGGCACCGGAAGAGACUUCCAGAGUCUGUUCAAAGUAAUAGAAAAAGAGAAACUGUGCAUACUAAGGAAGAUGCUGAAAGUGAAUCUGUCACACAACAAAGUCACCUUGAUGGAGCUCUCUGCAUUUCUGAUGCCAGAGCAAGCAGCAACCUCAGUGUGACCAAUGAAGCAAAGAGACUUGUAGAAGAAAAAUCAUUGAGUUCAGAAUCAAAUUUUCAUUGUGAACAGAUAACUUCCAGCAUCAUCAACAAAUCACGUUCAAGCAAAGAAGCAGAACAAAGCCAGAAGCGUGAGGGUACCUUUUUAGAAUCUGAAGAAAUAAGAACAGAAGUAGAAGUUGGCAAAAGGAAGGAGCAUUUGCAUAUUGACACUUUAAAAUGUGGCUCUGAAAUGGACAGGAACUGCUCACAAACCGAAAAAGACUGUCUUUCUGUGAAAACAUGUCAAGAAGAUACCAUCCCACAGACCCAAAUAGAAAAAAGGAAAACAAGCCUGUAUUUCUCCAGCAAAUACAACAAAGAAGCUCUUAGCCCCCCACGACGCAAAGCCUUUAAGAAGUGGACCCCUCCUCGGUCACCUUUUAAUCUUGUCCAAGAAACACUUUUCCACGACCCAUGGAAGCUCCUCAUUGCCACUAUAUUUCUCAAUCGGACCUCAGGCAAAAUGGCAAUCCCUGUGCUUUGGGAGUUUCUGGAGAAGUAUCCUUCAGCUGAGGUAGCAAGAGCUGCAGAUUGGAGAGAUGUGUCAGAACUUCUUAAACCUCUUGGUCUGUACGAUCUUCGAGCAAAAACCAUUAUCAAAUUCUCAGAUGAGUAUCUAACAAAGCAGUGGCGCUAUCCAAUUGAGCUUCACGGGAUUGGCAAAUACGGCAAUGACUCUUACCGAAUUUUUUGUAUCAAUGAGUGGAAGCAGGUGCGCCCUGAAGACCAUAAGUUAAAUAAAUAUCAUGACUGGCUUUGGGAAAAUCAUAAAAAAUUAAGUCUGUCUUAAAACUCUUGGAAGUCUUCAAACUUCAUUUCACAAGUUACUUUGCAUUUGAUUCUUAAGAGCUCCGUUUUGACCAGCUAACUUACAGGCAUGUAGGCUUUACUCAGCCCAACUAGAAACCUCACGUAUGUUUUCUUAAUGUGUGUGCCACUGGUAGUGUUGCUAAAUGAAUGUACUAGAACAUGUUUUGAACAGUUUUUGUUUUUAAUAAAUCGUUAUUUGACCACAGUCCUAAAAAUGUAUAUGACUUCUCCAAUGAUGAAAUGCGAUUUGUAAGUGAAAAGCCUUUCUAAACUACCAGUAAUGCAAAAUAAAUUGCUAUCAACCUUCUUGAGGAAAGAUUAGAUUUUCUGUUCUCUUUGUGUAAAAAUGUUACACAGUUAUAUGAAGAAGAAGUCAAAGAGUUGCUACCAAAAAUGUAAGAAAAAAUAUUACAAAGUCUAUCAGGCAGUUAAUUAA